UAAACGAAUUGAAAAUGAGGAUUUAUUUAGAGAGUUUAAAUCUCAGUCAAUCGUGCGCUUGAACAAGAAAACGUGUUUCUCCAGUUUGUGAAAUUUUCCGCCACAGACCGAAAGCGAUGAUGUUGAAUUACCCUUAGACAUUCGACAGACGUACUUUCAUUCUAAAUGGAAGAACAGCCCCCGAAGCUAGCAACAGAUGCAGUUCUAGUCAAGAGUGAGAAAAUUCCACAAGAGGUGGGAACAGUCAAAGGUUACGACUUCAAUGAUGGAGUCAAUUACCAUAAAUUACUGCAGUCUUAUGCCAGGUCCGGAUUCCAGGCAAGCAACUUUGGCCAUGCUGUGGAACAGAUUGAUAAAAUGAUUGAUUGCAAGAUAACCCCUCUACCUGAGGAGAAGAUUGAUGAGGUGAACCUGAACCCCUGUAACAGAGAGAAAUCCAAUUGUACCAUCUUCCUGGGUUACACAUCUAACCUGAUUUCCUCUGGGAUCAGAGAGACCUUCCGGUACCUGGCUCAACACAAUAUGGUUGACUGCAUUGUUUCAACAGCUGGUGGAAUAGAAGAGGACUUUAUUAAAUGUCUGGCUCCUACAUACCUAGGGGACUUUUCUCUGAAGGGAAGUGAUCUUAGGGAGAGAGGAAUAAACAGGAUUGGUAAUCUACUGGUACCAAAUGAAAACUACUGCCUGUUUGAAGAUUGGCUAAUGCCCAUUCUAGACAAAAUGUUGGAGGAACAGAAAAAUGAGGGUGUAUUGUGGACUCCAAGCAAGAUGAUUGCUCGACUAGGAAAGGAAAUCGACAACCCUGAGUCUGUGUACUACUGGGCCUACAAGAACAACAUUCCAGUAUUCUGUCCAGCCCUCACUGAUGGAUCUAUAGGAGAUAUGAUUUACUUUCACUCCUUCAAAAACCCGGGCUUGGUUCUGGAUAUUGUGGAAGAUAUCCGUCGGGUGAACAGUCAGGCAGUAUAUGCUGCCAACACAGGGAUGAUAAUUCUAGGAGGGGGAGUCAUCAAACAUCACAUCUGUAAUGCCAAUCUGAUGAGAAAUGGUGCUGACUUCAGUGUGUUUGUGAACACUGCAGCUGAAUUUGAUGGAAGUGAUGCUGGAGCAAGUCCUGAUGAAGCAGUAUCUUGGGGGAAAAUCAAGAAAACAGCCAAGCCUGUCAAAGUGUAUGGGGAAGCCACUUUGAUAUUCCCUCUGUUGGUAGCAGAAACUUUUGCCAGAAGAGAGAAAGAGUUCCUUUCACAGAAAGAGUGAAUAAUGGAGACCUGUUGAAACGUUCAGUGUUUGAUCUCUUCUUAAUGUUUGAAAAAGGUUUUAAAGUUGUGAGAUUGGUUUUUGCCAAGUACCUGCGAUUUACUUGUGACUGUAGUGUUUUGAAGACCUGCAGUCAACACUGCAGUCUGCUCAUUGCAGCGUUAAUGUGAAAGCUCACUAUCUUGAAUAUCUUCAGAUUUAACUUCACACAACAACAUGUGAAAAUCUCGCAUUCUUAAAUCUUAAAUGUCUAAUUUCAAGCAUGGAAGAAGAUAAAAUCAAUCUAAGAAAUAGUUAUUUUUAUGGAAAUGAAAUUUUUUGUUACUCAAACAUUGCAAAAUAUUACACUAGCACAUUAUGUAGUCAGUAGUUACAGCUAAAGUCAUCCAUGUUUUUGUAAUUCUUUUGUUUUUUUUAUUUCGUUUAUGCCCCUUUAAAAUAAAUUCCUAUUGACCUCAAUGAUAAAAAAAAAUUUAAGAUAACUCUGAACAGACCCUAGAAUGAUACUUGGCAAGGGUGGCUGUUCAUUAUAAACAAACCUAGGAUGAUACUUGGUAGGAGUGGGUGUUUUAUAAACAAACCUAGGAUGAUACUUGGUAGGAGUGGGUGUUCUAUAAACAGACCCUAGGAUGAUACUUGGCAAGGGUGGCUGUUCUAUAAACAGACCCUAGGAUAAUACUUGGUAGGAGUGGGUGUUCUAUAAACAGACCCUAGGAUGAUACUUGGUAGGGGUGGCUGUUCUAUAAACUGACCCUAGGAUGAUUUGGUAGGGAUGGCUGUUCUGUUUUCAUGAAUAAUAUGUGUUUAAUAAUUUCUUAUUUUUAAGAAAUCCUUCUUGCCUGCAGCUGAAUAUUUUAUUAUCAGUAAAUAUACAAUGCACUAAUAUGUGAUAUUUGUUUUUGUUAUUCUUAUGACUCUUUUUUAUUAUAUUUAUUAAAGUUGACUAUUUGA